ACCUGUAGAUGUACGAAAGCAAUUUUAUUUUUCAGAUGAAUUUGUAAUUGUAUUCCCGUGUAUGCUUCAAAAUUCAGGCGAUAUUUCUCAAUAAGAUUUGCUAUUUUCUAGCCUGAUCAAUAUCUUCUCUGAAAAUUACAUACUGACCCAUUAGGUGUAGUUAAUGUCGACUGCCCAUUUUGGUGUGACGUAUUCCUGAAAAGCCGCUUAUUCGCUAACUGAAGUGAGAUUGCCACACAUGGUGUUGAGAGAAGUAUAUAGCAUUCAAUAGUUGAGCGGCCUUAAAUAAAAAAACAAAAAAUGAAGACAGCAACACCUACACGAUACAAGCAACACAGGAGAAAUACCCUGCCACGGGCACAAACUAGUACCUAUAUAGCUAUGGCAGAAGCAACAGAAGAGCUGCAGUACUCCUUACUUAAACAGGAUGAGGAGAUAAGAAACCUUAAUUCAUACCUGCAAUUAAAGAAAAGUCAGCUUCAGCAAAGAGAGGAAGAAAUUCAGCAGCUACGGUCCCACCUAGAUAAGUUCCAAAGUGUACUUCCAUUUGGUGGCCAGCCCACAAGCUUAACAUCGGUCACGCGGACUCGUGAGCCCAGGAAGGUCAGAGCUCAAGGUAUAUCUGCCGAACCACAGAGCUUGCAGACAACACAAGACAUCAAUUACCGAAAAUUUAAGGAUCACCCCAAAGGGCCUAGAUCGCGAGAAUUGAUAAAAGCGGCGAUACUGAGCAAUGAUUUCCUCAAGAAUUUGGAUAUUAAUCAAAUAAAUGAGAUCAUCGAUUGCAUGUACCCGGUGAAUUAUCAACGUGGUAGCAUCAUAAUUAAAGAGGGCGACAUCGGCUCCAUCAUGUACGUCUUAGAAGAGGGUAAAGUGGAGGCGUCGAGAGAAGGAAAAUAUCUCAGCACAAUGGAACUGGGAAAAGUCAUGGGCGAGUUAGCCAUCCUCUAUAACUGCAAAAGAACCGCUACUAUUAAAGCGGCCAAUGACAGCAAGCUGUGGGCAAUCGAACGUCACGUUUUCCAGUCUAUCAUGAUGCGAAGUGGCCUGAUUCGCCAAGACGAAUAUACCGCUUUCCUUAAAAGUGUGCCAACAUUUAAAAACCUUCAAGAAGAUAAGCUCCUCAAGAUCGCCGACACACUUGAAGAGUGUUCCUACAAGCAAGGAGUCUACAUCAUUCGCCAAGGAGCGCCAGGUGACACUUUUUUCAUUAUCCGCAAAGGACAAGUUAAAGUCACCAUUAAGGAUCGCGCCACAUCCCAGGAGCUAUACAUUCGUUCGCUGAAACGAGGAGAUUUCUUCGGUGAAAAGGCCCUUCAAGGCGAAGAUGUACGAACGGCCAAUAUCAUUGCAGACGAUUCCGAUGGCGUGAGCUGUUUGGUGAUUGACCGAGAUUCGUUUAAUCAGUUCAUCAAUGGACUGGAAGAGGUCCGAACUAAAUACAUCGACAAUGCAAAUAUCAGUCGCAACAGGAUUUACGACGCCUUUGCCCAUGUUAAAUUGAGUGACCUUCGCCUCGUAGCCACACUCGGAGUAGGAGGAUUUGGUCGAGUUGAACUAGUUCACGUCAGUGACGACAUGUCUCAAUCGUACGCGCUGAAGCAAUUGAAGAAAAGUCAGAUUGUAGAGACACGGCAGCAGCAACACAUUCUUUCGGAGAAACAAAUUAUGGAGGAAACUAAUUGCGAUUUCAUCAUCAAAUUGUAUAAAACUUUCAAAGAUCGUAAGUAUUUGUAUAUGCUCAUGGAGGUAUGUCUUGGCGGAGAACUGUGGACUAUCUUACGCGAUCGCGGGUUCUUCGACGAAAUGACCACCCGCUUCUACACGGCGUGCGUCAUCGAGGCCUUUGACUAUCUUCAUAGCCGCAGCAUCAUUUAUCGUGAUCUAAAACCCGAAAACCUGUUGCUCGAUAAGCAUGGCUACGUCAAACUGGUUGAUUUCGGUUUCGCCAAAAGAUUGCCGGCCGGACGGAAAACAUGGACAUUUUGCGGUACUCCUGAAUACGUAGCUCCUGAAGUAAUUUUGAACAAAGGACAUGAUAUCAGCGCUGACUAUUGGUCUCUGGGAGUGUUGAUAUUCGAGUUUUUAUCGGGCACGCCUCCAUUCAGUGGUUCAGAUCCUAUGAAAACCUACAACCUCAUCAUUAAAGGCAUUGACGCUGUCGACUUUCCACGCAACAUCAAACGCAACGCAGCUGCGCUCAUUAAAAAACUCUGUCGUGAUAAUCCAGCCGAACGAUUGGGAUACCAAAAGGGUGAACGUGACAUUGAAAAGCACAAAUGGUUUGAUGGUUUCAACUGGGAGGGUCUGCGUACACGCACAAAGGCUCCUCCAAUCAUCCCACAGAUCCGCAGUACAAUAGACACCUCCAAUUUUGAUGAAUACCCCCCUGACAUGGACGUUUCGCCGCCUGACGAUAUGAGCGGCUGGGAUUACGACUUUUAGACCAUAGUAUUCGUGUGUCGCAUCCCGUAUUCUCGCUAUGUUUUUGCGAAACUAUCCGUCGGACUUAAUCGAAGCCCAGCGCCUGAGUUUUAUUUCAAUUCAUUCCACAGCUAAUGACAGGUUUUUACUAAAUGCUUUUUUUUUCUACUUCACCAGGUAGCUGUGUUUUAUUUUAAUUAAUUUUUGUGUGCAUCCAAACAACGUCCAUCAUUUAAUUUAGAAAAUUAAAACAGAUGCAACAUCAACACACUUUUACAGCAAAAAAAAAAAAGGUACCAGGGAUCCUUUGGUUGUGUUUUUUAAAAAUUCUUAAACGUUUUCUACGUGUCACAUUUUAGGGGAAAUUUGUGGGCUUUAUCUCUUUAAUUGAAAAAAAAAAUAACUUCAAAAUUUACCAAAUAAUAUUAUAAUACAAAAGAAUCGUUAUUUGUAGUUUUACAUAUCAAUAGAAAGCAACAACAACCGUUGACGGUGCCUUCGAAUAUUAUUCCCUGUUUUAUUUUCGUCCUUAUCCUUAUUUCUUUACUUUAUGUUCUUUGUUAUUCCGCCUUUUUGCUUUCGGUACUGUAAUUUUUUUUAGUGUUUUUUCUUACUGUAGUACCUGAUGUAGUUUUGUACUUUUGCUUUCCUUUGCUUGUGCGUGUGCUGUGUAUGUACCCUACAACACUCAUUUUAUUUACAUUUUAGUCAGAGAAUAGAAGUGGAUUAAACUUU